AUGCCGAAGAAAUGUGACGUGUGGAAGGAGCAAGGGAGAGCAACACAGAGAUCCGUUGAGAGGCUUGCUGUCGUGAUGGCGGUGGAGGAUGUCCCCCCGUCGACGUCUUUGCUGGGCAGCAGCGGCGACCAGCAUCAUCAUCACGAAGAGGAGCAGCAGCAGUGCAAGCGGUGUAUUCUACAAGACGAUCGAAGCUUCAGGUCGCUGCGAGACCACAAGACCCGGCCGCUGUGCUUGACCUCAACAUCCCUAGAGUAUUAUGCCGCCAGCGGCAAGGAAGACUCAGCGCCGCUUAUCCUGAGCCUCGCGGACGUUGUCGGAGCCAAGGCGGGACCCGCUCCUGCCUCGGGCGGAGGACAACGAGCGGGGGGGGGUAUCAACGGGCGUGGGGGUAUCGUGCACCAGUUGCAGGUCUUCGCGUACGUCGCGAGCGGCGAGGGCAAGGAGAUGGGGUGCACUGGCAGGGGCGGGCCAUGUCGAAAAAACAAAAGAAGAGCCACCCAUCAGACGUGGCUGGCGUCCGAUCCUGACACGGCUCAGCACUGGGCCACGGAGAUCAACAACCGUCUCAGGCAGAGCCAAGGGCGGGAGGAAGAUCUGGAGAGAGGCAACAGGGGGCCAGGCCGACGACUGCUGGUCUUGGUCAACCCGGUUAGCGGGACGGGUGAAUCGAGGUCUACAUGGGAGAAGACCCUCAGGCCGAUGCUGGAGCAAGCCAUGACUACCGCCAACGUAGUGUUCUCCACACGACGGGGCGAGCUAGCGGAGAUCAUCACGAACGCUGGCGACAACAGCAGCACCGAUGCAACGAGGGGCGCAUCAGCCGGGGGGGGGGGUGGCGGCUCGACCGUGGGAAGCUUGGACGACUUGGACGGCAUCGUGGUCGUCGGAGGGGAUGGCACCUUCUUCGAGGUCCUUCAGGGCAUGUACGCCCGGCCGGACUGUGCGCGGCAGCUGUCGCGGCUGUCCCUAGGCAUCGUGCCCGCGGGAUCAGGAAACGGCUUGGCCAAGACGGUGAGCGUGGAGUCCGGAGAAUGGUUCGGCGCGGUUAGCGCGUCCUUUCUCGCUGCAAAGGGCCAGACGAAGGCGAUGGACCUGCUGCUCACCGAGUCGGCAGACAAGAAGUACCUGGCAUUCCUCAACGUCGGGUGGGGCAUGAUCAGUGAUGUCGACAUCGAGUCGGAGGCUUACCGCUGGAUGGGGUCUCUUCGAUUCACCGUCGGCACCAUCGUGCGCAUUGCCAACCUCAAGCACUACAGGGGACGGAUAAGCUUUCUCCCCGACCUGGAUGCCGCUGCCGCCACCACCCCUACUCCUUCGAAGAAUGCCUCAGCAUCGGCCCCGUUCCGCAUGCCACCGUUAUCGGAGCCCGUACAUCAAGACGGCGCUGGUUCUGAGUCCGCCGCUGCGGGAGCUCCCGCCCUCGAGGGCUGGACCAGCGUAGAGGGGGAGUUCAUCCUCGCUGACAUGACACAGGCCUCGCAUAUCGCGCACGACAUGCCCAUGGCUCCCCACUCUCGCAUUGGCGACGGCCUGAUUGACCUAUUCUUCAUCAAGAAGGGGGCCAGCAGAUUCGCCAUGAUACAGAUGUUUCUAGCAAUGGAAAAAGGUGGGCACAUCUCGCCUCGCUUUCCGUGCAUCUCGUGGCACCGCGUUCGGGCGUUUCGAAUAGAGCCGCUAACGUCAAGCGGGAGGAUCACGGUCGACGGAGAGCUCGUCGACUACGCACCUUUGCAGCAGCACGUAUGGCGCAAAGCCGCCCACGUUUUUUGCUCGCCUGAUGAUGACGCGGAGAGAUUACCAGCGUGUUUAGGGUCGUAACCGAGGGCGCCUUGCUCUGAGGUCGGUCUGAGCGAACACCCUAUAUAUGUGGAGGUGUCGAAGUAGGGCAUGCCGGAGUGAGCUGUUUCGGUCUACAAAGUGCGUUGCUGAGUAACAACACGCUGCAUUGCGGUUGUCAAUUGUCGCUCAUUGUGUGUGAAGUCUCGGUCUGAAGAACAAACUGCUUUCAUCGCGCGAGUACUACACACAAGGCAUUUAUAUGAUUGUCUUAAACAAAGCGCCAGCGCUGUAGAGGAGCCAAGCACGUUGUCAGGCGUGCAGAGCUCGUAUUGUCACCCAUACGCACUUGCACGUUUGGUGCCGUGCGCCAUACGCACAAGAUACGUUCAAUUUCAAAGUUUUGAGUUUUCGUUGGAUUCUGCAAGUCGCAAGACAUACCGCAUUUCGCUGUGUUGUUCAUCGCUGUGGGGGUCAAGACCGCCGUCCGUACGUUCACUUUUAUCGUAUUUAUUGUUGUUGUCGUAGUAGGCAUUGAUUUUCGGCGGAUAUGCUUCGGUUAAGGAGUGUUGCAGUUAGCUUAGAUUGGGUGUACCUUAUAGACGUUACGGUGUGGGUUGGCCGCUCUACGCGUUUGAGGGUUUCCUUGUUAUUUGUAAGGCGGCGUUGUCUCAAUAUUGGUUUGGAGGGUAGGUUCGAGAUAUUUCCGCAGCUUUGUUUCCCUUGGACUGACUGUGUUGUAAAAAGUUUAAUCUUUCAAUUCGUGCUCGUAGAUCAGUUUUCUCGGAGUCGAGCAUGGAAUCAUGAAUGAUCUUCGGAUCUUCGGGGUGGGCUAAUGUUUUCGGGUGUUGUUGCAGUCGCGGUUAACGGGUGUACCUUAGGAUGUGGGAUGGUAUGCAUGUGGUUUCGUAGCCGUUCGUGGGAGAAUGGUUGCACAUCCAAUCCGGGUCUUGUCGCGGGGAACAGAGUGUACAAAGUGUUGGGUGACCCCCGAAUACUAAUUCUGUAAGAAGUUUGUAAAGGCCAAGCUCUUGUGUUGGUCCAUGGGCUCUUCUUGCCGAUUUUCUUCCGGACGGGCGGGGUAGACGAGAAGGGACGUCCAGAGCAGCAACACAGACACGUCUGAGUAUCGAUCUCCGGCUUGGUCAAGUUUUUUUUGUUUUGUUGUUGCGGGGUACUGCUGUACAUUAGGCAAAUUAUAGAAGUCUACGGUGGUGGAAAACGGAAAACGGUUGUUGUGGGUUGGACCGCGCGGGUCGCGCUUCGCGCCAGCUGGAGGACAGAUGAAAAAUACAUCACACAGCACACGUAUUUUUGUACCAAAUUGUCUGUACACACGUUGUAAACGGGGCCGAAACGCACGCAGUAAUAAUAUAAUAAUUCCAGUUA